UUUUUUUUUUUUGUUUUACCUCAUUUAUCUUAUGCCCUCAUUAUUUUUCUUUAUAGAUUGACAGCACUAAAGAAAAAGAUGUCAAAGAACUCUGAACAGUCUUUACUCUUACAAUUACCUAGUGAAAUUUUGGAACAUAUUAUUUGCAUUGCUUCCAAAAUCCCAAGAAAGGAACAAUAUCAAUUCUCAAGUUGGCAAUAUCCUGAACACUCAUAUUCUCAUCUCAAGGUACUGGCUCUUACUUGUCGACAAUUAUAUAUAUUGUGUACUCCUUACCUUUGGCGUGAUAAAGAAUUUAUACUCCCAGCAGAAAGUGACAAACCAAACGAUUUUUCUAGGGUACAUAUGGCAACUGAUAUUCUCGCUGAACAAGCUUCACUUUUCCAUCAACUAUAUCACCUUGGAAGCUAUGUACGUUCUUUAUGCCGGGACUUGACCAACAGUCCUCAUUAUGACUUGCCGAAUUCUUUACUCAUGGCUCAUCUUGUCUGCAAUCUUCGUGCUCUCAGAAUUGAUUUCCAUCCCAAACCUCGCACAGAACACUAUGGAUUACGUUAUUUUGUUCAGCUCUGUCCUUCUUUGAUUGAACUUUAUUUGGAAAAUUGUAGAGAUACCUUUGAUGACUUUUUUUCUUUGAUCCAAUAUCAACGUCAAUUACGCUCACUUACGUUACUGAAUUGUACAAUCAAGGCUGAUACUUUGAUACAACUGGCCAAUCUCUGUCGUGGUUCUUUACAAUCUCUGCUAUUACAACAAGUAUGGAUUGAACCAUGUGGAAUCAGUGAUCAACCUCUAUCUAUCAUUUCUAACAACAAUACCAUGACUGGAAUCAACAAUCUCACAACAUCAUAUCUUCAUAGCAAUCAAUCCACAUUUAUAGCUUCUUCUUUGUAUACCCAUCUAUUGACUUCACAAUCAUCCUUGACUCGGCUUGCUCUGUCAGAUUCGGUGACUUUGGAAAUCUUAGAAGCACUUGCUCUUGGUUCACCACAUUUGGAACGUCUAGCUAUUGCUAUUCAUGAACAACAUCCCUCUCGUGUAGCAUCUUGUUUGUUCACUCUAUCAAAAUUUAAAUAUCUCACCCUACUCUCUUUGGCUUUUCGACAUGUCAACAAUUCUUUUCAACAACGAUUAUCUUGUUGUGUGCCUGCAUAUCAUUGGACUCUUUUUCUACAUCAACUUUGUCGAUUACAAUUUCUUCAUAUCUCUGCCUCUCAAAUUCUGGUACAUGACAAUUUUAUCACCGAACUCUUACAACAAUCAUCAUCAACCUUUUCAACACUUCAACAUAUUAUGCUUCAUCAUGUAGCAUUAGUACCAACACCUUCUACAACUACAAUGACAACAACAACAACAUCAUCAUCGUCAUCAUCAUUGAUGAUCAAACAGCAAGAACAAGAAAAUAAGAAUAAGAAGAAUGGACAGUCUUUGAAACAAGAGGAUUUGCAAGACACAGUGCGUGCUUAUGAACAAGAUUUGGCGUUGGCUCAAAACACUAUUGAUUCAUGGCAACAAUCAUCACAUCUCUGGAAACAAGUGGAUGGAUAUAUUUUAUCAUUGGAUGAAGCGGAACGGAAAGGAUUCAGUUGUUUUGAUAGCGCAGAUCAAGUAUGCUUUGUUAAGGGAUUUACCGAUUGGAUCAAAACAUAGAUAAUUAGAUAAUCAUGGAAUAUAUCAUAUUAGUAGUAUAUAGUACUCAUUUUAUAUAUAUAUAUAUAUAUAUAUAU